CACUUGGGAACUGGACCAGCAGACUCCUGGGCUGGAGGCUGGAGGAAUAGAAGGGAAGAAGGGCUUCCUCCUCUGUGGUCAGGUUGGAGCUGGCAUGGUGGACUUCAGUCCCCUCCUUCCUGGGUCAAAAGACUGGACCCCCACUGACCUCUGCCCGGCUGUGUCUCCACGCCGCUGGGAAGUCUAGACGGCUGCUCCUGCCAGCCAAGCCCAACAAGACAGGGACAUCCCCACACCCUUUUUUUGAUGGAGAAACCAAGACCCAGAGAAGGUGAGCAGCCGGCCUGAGGACACACAGCCAGUGAGCACAGGCCUGGAUGACCACCACAAGCUGAGAUGGGGGGAGUGGAGGGAGACGCCAUGUGGGCAUGUACUGCCUCCUCUCUGGGCCCCAGUUUCCCCACAUUAGUGAGACGGGAACGUUGCGUUGGAGGAGGCUGGGGAACUCCGACGUGAGGAGAGGUAAGGGAGGGCCUCCUGAGCCACGAGGAUGGGAGCGGUUAGGUGAGCGUGGUGACUUAGUCGGGCCAGGGUUCCAGCACACCCAGCCGCUCUUCUCCCUCCGUCUGCUCCCCUCCUGCCCCCUGCCCUCUCUGCCCCACCUCCUCCUCCUGCCCUGCCUCUGUCCCUCUGUCACUCUAGCUUCGGUUCUCUCUCUCUCCCUGCUCUAUCUACUCAAAGCCACCCUUCCUCCAACCCGAACAACCUCCCCACUGUCUCAUGAGGAGAGGCCAGGUCCCACAUCCCAGGCCCCAGGCAGGGGCCUGCAGGAUUCACCAAGGACUCUGGGACAAUACUGGCUUGGACCCUUGUCCAGGAGUGGGUGUAGACAGGGCCCACACUGCUGGCUGGCACUGCCUGGGCCACCCUGGCCAACUCAACCCACAAGGCUGAGGCAGGUUCGGUCGAUGGCCCAGCCCUUUGCAAACCACCUGGACCCUGGAAGAGAGACGGGGCCCUGCUCACAAGGAGACGAUAUUCCAGUGGGAGCGGUCAGCACGCAAAUGAUAAGACACAGAUAAAGCUCUGCAAGUGAGCGGUUGCCCGAUAACACGGUGAGGGAACAAAGCGGGCCGCGCGGGAUGGUCAAGGCUGAUCUGGGGGGUUGCGGCUUCAGCACAGCGCAGACAUCACCAUGGCUCUCCUGACGCACCUGCUGGUCUGCACCUUCGGGAUGGGCUCCUGGGUGGCCAUCAAUGGGCUGUGGGUGGAGCUGCCCCUGCUGGUGACGGAGCUGCCCGAGGGGUGGUAUCUUCCCUCCUACCUCACAGUGGUCAUCCAGCUGGCCAACAUCGGCCCCCUCCUGGUCACGCUGCUCCAUCACUUCCAGCCCAGCUGCCUUUCCGAGGUGCCCAUCAUCUUCACCGUGCUGGCUGUGGGCACCGUUGCCUGCGCCCUCUUCGCCUUCCUCUGGAAUGUCACCUCGUGGGUGCUGGACGGCCGCCACAGCAUUGCCUUCAUGGUCCUCACUUUCUUCCUGGCGCUGGUGGACUGCACCUCCUCCGUCACCUUCCUGCCCUUCAUGAGCCGGCUGCCCGCCUGCUACCUCACCACCUUCUUCGUGGGCGAAGGACUCAGCAGCCUCCUGCCUGCCCUGGUGGCUCUUGCCCAGGGCUCGGGUCUCACCACCUGUGUCAAUGUCACUCAGCCACCAGACACCACCCCAAGCACUGCGACCACCGGGAAGACUGUCUUUCUACAGGGGGCUAACAGCACUUUGGGGACGGACCUGACCGGAACGACGCGUUCCGCUGUCCAUCUAGAAAGCCGCUACCUCCCAGCCAACUUCUCGCCCCUGGUCUUCUUCCUCCUGCUCUCCUUCAUGAUGGCCUGCUGCCUCGCCGCGUUCUUUCUCCUCCAGCGUCAGCCCAGACCCAGGGAAUCUUCCAUAGAAGACCUCCUCACCUCCCAGGUCACCCUCCACUCCAUCCGGCCACGGGAAGGGGAUGACCUGGGCCCCCCAGAUCCAGGGCCUAGCAGCAAGGCCCAGGGGCUUCCAGAGGAGAAAACGGCCUCCGACCACCCAGCUCACCUGGCCUUCAUCUACGUCCUGGUGGCCUUUGUGAAUGCGCUCACCAACGGCGUGCUGCCGUCCGUGCAGACCUACUCCUGCCUCUCCUACGGGCCUGUGGCCUACCACCUGUCCGCCACCCUCAGCUCCAUGGCCAACCCUCUCGCCUGCUUCCUCUCCAUGUUUCUGCCGCACAGGUCUCUGCCCUUCCUGGGGGUCCUCACCGUGCUUGGGACUGGCUUUGGGGCCUACAACAUGGCCAUGGCCGUGAUGAGCCCCUGCCCCCUCAUGCAGGGCCACUGGGCUGGAGAGAUCCUCAUUGUGGCCUCGUGGGUGCUGUUCAUUGGCUGUCUGAGCUACGUCAAGGUGAUGCUGGGCGUGAUCCUGCGCGACCGAAGCCGCAGCGCCCUCGUGUGGUGCGGGGCGGCAGUGCAGCUGGGCUCCCUGCUCGGAGCUCUACUCAUGUUCCCGCUGGUCAACGUGUUGAGGCUCUUCUCCUCCGCCGACUUCUGCAGCCUGCAGUGCUCCGCUUAGGACACCUGGCGCGGUCCAGUACAGGACCCUGACCCGCCCCCAUUACUAACACCGUCAACUGGAGCAGAGCACACGCCCAACGUCACAAGGGGAAGUGGCGGGGAGCUGGGAGGCAGAGGCUGAGUACUUAAGAUCCACGCCAGUUCCCCUCGGGAAAGGCAGAGAACGCCACAAGGCCUCCCACUGGACCGGGAACUGCAAAACACACCCCUACCCCGAUGCUGUGUUUCCGUGCCCGCAACUCCAUUGCAGAACUCCUUUGGAUCCUGAGAGAGAGGGCAGGUUUGCAGACCCAGCUGGAGGGAGGCUCAGGGGUGUGGGAAGGGAGAGACCACUGAGAGGGUGAGCUAGCCCUUGCAGGCUGUGUGACCUCGGGGAAGUCACUUAUUUCUCUGUACCUCGGUUUCCUAAAGUGGGGAUUAUGAUAAAUAGCACCUACCUCAUGGCCUUAGCACAGGGAUCAAGGGGAGAGGUGCCCGGCAUGUAGCAAGCCCUCUUGGGCCAUUUCCUGAUCUGAUGCCCAACAGAAAUAACAAGGUAGAAAUAACAAGGCAUGUAGCAAGCCCUCUUGGGCCAUUUCCUGAUCUGAUGCCCAACAGAAAUAACAAGGUAGAAGCUGGCCUACACGGCCGUAAAGUGGCCAGGGUGGUUGAGAGAUGACCCCUGCCCCGUAUCCCUUUUCCCACUCUCCUCGCAGAGAAGCUUCUCAAAGACAGAUGGCGAAAGGUGAAAUCCUGGGCAUCCUGACUCCCUAGUUGCCAAUAUGGAUGGACGUUGUACCCCUCACACCCCUUCCUGCUCCUUGGAAAAUGAGUGACCUCCUGGGAGGCAGAGAGAUGAUGGGGGGAGGGGCUACACCAAACCUCUGGAAGUGAGUCUCCCC